AUGGCGACCUCAUGGCCAGAACACACAUCAAUUGACUCCAAUUUCAAAGAUGUUUCUCAAUUGGCCCAAGUAUUCGAACUACACUGCGCCAAAAUCUACGCCCAUGCCGCGAGUCACCCCGAUCACCCUGCCUCGGCCGACUACGUGAGACAGCUGGUCUCGCAAGCUUAUCGCGCUGUUCACAGCUUGAAUAUGCAAAAUAUGGCAUCUUCUUGCUUGGAUCUAGAAGUUGCUACUGCGACACUGGACAAUAAGGCCAAGGAAUACUCCCAAGGCCCAGAACUGCUAUCAUCCAUCCACGACGCGAAACCUUGCGAACCCGAACCAGAGACCGAGAUCCAUACCGAGACAGACGAGAACGAACUCCGCGUCGGACUGGAGGACCUUUUAACGGGCGAUUUCGAAGAUGAAGACGAAGAGGAAGACUCAGAUUGGUCCGACGAGUCCGACUCCGACGAAGACGAUGAAUACUACGAAUACUGCUCCGGUUCCGAAGCAGAACUCGACCUAGACGAACUCGAAGCAGUCGCCAGAACCUCGACGUUCCAAAACGCGCAAAACGCCCUGCAGGCCGAGAUCGAAGAGAAGAAGAACGCCAUCAUUGAAGAAAGAGUUCUCGAAGCGAACGAUAUAAUCGCAAACCAGCAACCAGAACCCACAACCAUGCCAAUGGCAAUGUCCAUUCCCGAAAACGAAAACGAAACUCCCUCCCCACCCCCGGCCUCAAUAAUCCAAGACCAAGCCAUGCACGACCGCAUCUCCGCCGCCCUCAGAACCAUACCUCUCCCCUGCCACGAAUCAGAAUUAGAAGAGAUACCGCUUGCGCGCAUGGAAACACACACGGUCCCACUUGGGCGCAUGGAAAUACACACGGUCCCACUUGCGCGUGUACAAACGCGCCGGCCCGAAACGAAUAGCACCGUCUCUCCAACAGAUGAUACAAGUGAAGCAACGGCCGUUCAAACGGAGGAGUCGAGUCCUGAAACGCGAUGCACGACGUCGGUGACGGCGCCGCCGGCUGUGACACCGGUGGGCGCGGGAGGUAUGGCGCGGAAACCUAGCUUCGAUGCUACGCGUUUGCAUAGGAAGUUGUCUAUGAGGUCGUCUUCUGCAGGUGCUUUGCCGAGGAGGCUUAAGACUGUUUGUUAUAAGUAUGUUCGGAGGGCUAUGGUUCCUAUUCGAGGGCCGGUGGAGUCGGGUUCGAAUUGA